AUGACCAUGACUACAAUGUCAGAAAACCUCAACAGCCCCGUCUCGGGUAAAGCAGUUUUUAUGGAGUUUGGACCACCAAGUCAACAAAUGUCGCCUCCCAUGUCUCACGGACAUUACUCCAUGCACUGUUUACAUUCUGCCGGCCACUCUCAACAUGACAGCUCCUACAACACUGUUUCAUCCUUCUCCCGAUCUCUGGGCUACCCCUAUGUUAACUCAGUGAACAACCAUUCCGCUAACCCUUACAUCAGUUCAGUGCAGUCGUACCAAAACAGCUCGAAUCUGGCCCAUACACGAUUAGAGGACACAGGAGCAGAGUCAGAUAAAGGUACCGUGGUGGAGAGUGGGGAAGUUAGGUUUAAUGGGAAAGGGAAAAAGAUUCGCAAACCCCGAACCAUAUAUUCCAGUCUACAACUGCAAGCUUUGAACAGACGGUUCCAACAAACUCAGUACCUAGCUCUGCCUGAAAGAGCAGAACUUGCUGCUUCUCUGGGCUUGACGCAGACACAGGUAAAAAUAUGGUUCCAGAACAAACGCUCAAAGUUCAAAAAACUGAUGAAACAGGGGAAUGGCGCAAUGGAAAACAGCGCCCUUGCAAAUGGUAGGGGCUUAUCGGGAUCUUCCCCUCCAGUUCCUCCAGUCUGGAACGCCUCAUCUGCCGGCAAGAAUUCCACAGGGACCCCGGGAAACUACAUCCCUAGCUACACAUCAUGGUACCCUCCAGCGCAUCAGGAAUCUAUGCAACAACCCCAACUGAUGUAA